CUCCCUUCUCUUUUCCAUAACCACUCUUUCUCUCUCUCUAGAUCUCGCAGGGGUUGCCAUGGAAGAGAACAUACCCAUACAAGAAGCAGCUUCCGCUGGCUUGAAGAGCAUGGAGCAUCUCAUUCGUCUCCUUUCUUCUUCUGCUUCUUCUUCUUCUUCUUCUUCUUCUUCUUCUUCUUCCUCACACCACCACCGUCUUAAUCUCAACCACCUUGACUGCACCCAGAUCACCGACUUCACCGUCUCCAAGUUCAAACAAGUCAUCAACCUCUUGAAUCGCACCGGUCAUGCUCGCUUUCGUCGUGCACCUUCACAACCUCAGCCCCAAACACUAACUCUUCAUUUUGCAAAUCCCAACUCUUCUACCCAACCCUCUACCUCUAAGACCAAGGAAGCCUCCACCUUUAGCAUAUCCCCUCCCAUGUCCAUGUCCAUGUCCAUGUCCAUGUCCACCACCACCUCCUCCUUCAUCUCCUCCAUCACCGCCGACGGCAGCGUCUCCGACGGCAAGAUCGGCCCCUUCCUCCCUCCCAAACCCCCUCUCUCCUCCUCCCACCGCAAAAGAUGCCACGACGCCACCCUCUCUUCCUCCGCAAACUGCCAUUGCUCCAAGAGAAGGAAAUCUCGUGUGAAAAGAAUGAUUCGUGUGCCGGCGAUAAGUUCGAAGAUGGCUGAUAUCCCAGCGGACGAGUACUCAUGGAGAAAGUACGGUCAAAAGCCCAUCAAGGGAUCACCCUACCCACGUGGCUACUACAAGUGCAGUAGCGUAAGAGGCUGUCCAGCCAGGAAGCACGUCGAGCGUGCCCAGGACGACCCCAACAUGCUCAUCGUUACCUACGAGGGGGACCACCGCCAUCCGCAACCGCGUCUCCGACAAACUACCGGACCCUCCGCCGCUGUUGCCUCUCCGGAGAUCGGAAAAUUCUGACGCCCACACUCAUUCGACGUGCAAAGGAAAGAAGCAAACUCAACUUUUGCUUUCUUGCCUGUGACCUUUCUGGACCAAAAGACUCCACUACUAGAUGGAUAAGGACUUUUCUGUAAAUUUUACAAAAACAAAAAACAAACAAUUAUCAAAUAUACUUGCUUUUUUUUUCUUUUUUUUUUUUAAAAUUUCUUGAGUUGAAUUUGAAUGAGAGUAUAAGGCUUUACAUACACUGACAUGAAUUUAUUUAUUCUUAUUUUAGUUUUAUGGGACAAUGGCAUGAAAUGGGUUAGACUUUGGGCCACCCCACCUACAUAUAUAUUUUUUGUGUUGGUUGGAUUGAAAUAUAUAUUAUUUAUAUCGGA